AAAAAAAAAAAAAACCACCACCUCUGAAAGCAUGCCUAUAUAUAUGCCUCCAACGGAGACUCAAAUUACUUCAAGCAGUUCUUCUUCUGCUUCUUCUUCUUUAUUGGAAGUACUUCAAACAAUUUAUUUCUUCUAGCUAGCAGCCGAGAAUGGUAGCGGCCUCUCCGAUUCCAAUACGUAGCAAGAAAACAAAGGCGGUAGGAAUUCCUACAAUCGAUCUUUCAAUCCAAAACAAGUCAAAAGUGUCGAGAUUGAUAGUAAAUGCCUGCGAAGAACUCGGAUUCUUCAAGGUCAUAAACCAUGGAGUUCCUAAAGAGGUAGUAUCAAGCAUGAGAGAUGAAGGGACGCAGUUUUUUGCAAAAACAAUUGCAGAGAAGCAACGAGCCGGACCUGCUAGGCCUUUUGGUUUUGGUUGCAGAAACAUCGGUGUUAAUGGUGACAUGGGAGAGCUUGAAUAUCUUCUUCUUCACACCAACCCUCUUGACAUCUCGGAGAGAUCCCAAUCUAUUAACUCCGAUGACCCUACAAAAUUCAGUUGUGCAGUGAAUGAUUAUGUACACGCGGUUAGAGAAUUGGCGUGCGAGAUUCUAGAUCUAGCGGCAGAGGGACUGUGGGUCCCAGACAAGUUCGUCUUCAGUAGGCUCAUCAGGGACGUCCACAGCGAUUCGGUGUUCAGGAUCAAUCACUAUCCUCCGUUGGUCAACCCGGUCAAAGAGUGGGACCCAUCACCUUCGAAUAUUGGAUUUGGAGAACACUCGGACCCUCAAAUCUUGACCAUUCUCACCUCCAAUGACGUGGCCGGCCUUCAAAUUUGCUUCCAGGAUGGCUUGUGGGUCCCCGUCCCGCCUGACCCCACUUCCUUUUAUGUCAUUGUUGGUGACGCCUUACAGGCGUUGACGAAUGGGAGAUUCGUGAGUGUGAGACACAGAGCAUUGGCGAACUCCACAAGGCAAAGGUUGUCGAUGAUGUAUUUUGGGGCGCCGCCUCUAAAUUCAUGGAUUUGUCCGCCACCGGAGAUGGUCUCACCCCGAAACCCGACUCUCUAUAAGCCCUUCACUUGGAGUGACUUCAAAAACGCUGCGUAUUCUCUGCGAUUGGGUGACACUCGGCUUGACCUCUUCAAGACUGCCACCUGCUAAUACACACUCUAUUUGCAGCCUCACAAUAUAUAUAUAUGUAUAUAUAUCACAAACACAUAUAUCUCCUAAAAAGUAUAUAAGAACUUAAAAUGCGGAUCAUCUUUUGAGGGUACGGAUAAGUAAAAUGACGAAAUAUAUUGUUUUGAGUUUCACAUGUUCCAAAUCAACGGUAAAAAUAUAAAUACGUAUUUUGUGUAAUCCGAAUGGUACAAAAAUUAGGGAAUUGUGUAUAUAAUGGGUCAUAUUUAGGGUCAGAGUGAUAAUAGGGGGGUUUUCUUGUUAGUUUUUGUUGUUUGUUUGGUGUGAAAUGUACAAGAGUGUGAUUUUUGAAUAGCACACACGUUGGGGUUUUUUUUUUUUAAUUAUCAACAACUUUGUUGAAUGUAAUAGAAAUAUGUAUGUUUCAUCUAUUAAUACUAUAUAUAUAAGAUAGCUAUGGUUUAGCCACUUUAUCCAAAAUGGUAGUUU